CGUUUCUUUCCGCCUUCGUCUGAUUAUUCUAGCCGGAAAAAUGUCGGACGAGGUAGCAAAAGCGCAGGCUGCCGAUGCCGCCGCCAACGAUACCAUUUUCGGGAAAAUUCUUCGCAACGAAAUCCCUGCUAAAUUUAUCUACGAAGAUGAUAAGUGCGUUGCAUUUAACGAUGUGAAUCCGCAAGCACCGGUGCACUUUCUCGUUAUUCCUCGCAAAACCAUUCCCCAGCUUUCCAAGGCAUCGGAAGAGGACGAGGCACUGCUCGGACAUCUGAUGCUGGUCGGCAAGAAGGUAGCAGUGGAGCAAGGACUAGAGGAAGGUUAUCGUGUCGUUAUCAACGACGGUAAGAACGGUGCUCAGUCAGUUUAUCAUCUGCACUUGCAUUUCCUCGGUGGACGUCAGAUGCAGUGGCCUCCGGGAUAAGGAGGUC